AUGUAUUCGCCUCGCUUCCUGCUAGUCCUUGUCGCAGCACUCUGCGUAGCUGACGCGGCCUUUCUGCAAAACUUCCUUGGACGUCGGGCAGAUGCUUCAGUCAGCGUAACCGGCAGUGAGAGCAAGGCCUCGUCUACUGGAGGCGCGGCAAGCUCGACUUCAACGCCCUCGACUUCUUCUCCCAGCUCGGCCUCUACCACGCCGCCUGCAAGCUCCAGCACCACCGAGCCUCCGUCAUCAUCCGCAACUCCCACCUCAACUCCAGCCCCGACCUCGACCCCGUCCUCUUCCACGCAAGCUGCGCCGACGAGCACCCCCGCGGCAUCCACGUCGCAACAGCCUACGUCGCAGCAGCAGCAGCCUACAGAGCAGCCGACCUCGCAGGAGGAGACAACCCCUAAGUCUACCUACACCAGCUUCGUUACAUCGACGAGCACUCAGUUCCCAGCCAGCACCACCAAGUCUACGCCGACACCAGGCCUGAACUCGGACAAGGAUGGCGCUACCUCUGGUAUGCCCGUCAAGACGCGCAACACAGUCAUUGGCGUGGUUGUCGGCAUUGGCGGUGCUAUUCUGUUGGGUGCCGCGGGCAUGGUUGCAUACCGCAUCUGGGGCCGCAAGAAGCAGUCGGAAGAGAGCGACGGUCUGAUGAGCUACGACCUGAGCACCAACGGCUACGAAAAGCACGAACCGUCCAAUUCGAUUACCAGCAACACUCAGCGAACGCCGUUUCAGUCGACGUUGGACAACUACCACCAGCCGAGCAACGUCAAUCCUUCGUCCAACUUUUAA